ACAUUUGACCAUAAGAACAUUACGACUAUAUUUUGGCAUACAACAGUGUGUAUUCAUUUAGGUCUAAUUGAUAAUUAUUAUUUUUUUUUGUGCAUAUUGCAGGAGCCUCUUGUGAUGACCUAAUGACAGUACUCCGGCAAUCACUUGCAUCUCUAGGAUCUGGUGACUGUUUGCCAGUCAGUGUUAAUCCAGAUGCAGGAGAAGGCCAUGGGGCGGCGGAAACAGGUGAUCCUGAGGACGAUGCUAUCGGCGAAACAAUUAACGAACCUCAUAAUCCACGAAACGUUGAGGAUCCAGUGAGUACUCUUCCACCUGAUCCGCCUGCCGAUAAUGAGUGUUAUACUCAAGAAGAUGGAAGUGAUUAUUUUGGAGACGUGAGCGUUACUGUAAGCGGACUAGAAUGCCAAUCAUGGGCCGAAAACACACCACAUCGUCCAAUAAAAAAGUACAGAGGCUACGGCGCUGAACCGAUGCACCCUAACCAUUUCGGACAACACAAUCACUGUCGGACUUUACCAUACAUGGCAGUACGUAGGGGAGAGGAUAGGAAUAACUACAGCGGUAGGACUGGCCCAUGGUGCCAUACCAUGGACCAAGAAGUGCGUUGGGAAUAUUGUGAUGUCGGAGAACCUCAAGACAGUUGUUAAGUACUGUACGUCGUUUUUGGUGUCGAAUUGUUUAAUUUAAGAAUUGACCUGAUUGUGACCCGGCUUAUUCGACGCAAACAUUACCUUUUACUAAGUGACUUCGAUCUAGAUAUCUAUUAAUUAUAUAAUUUUUUAAACAAUCAUUCACAUUCGCAAGACAAUAGAGAUAAAGAUAAGAUAGGAACAAAAUUGUUCACAGAUAACAUUAUCGAUCGCAUUUGAUCCAUGUUCUAUGGAUCACAUAUAGUUUAUCCAAUCAUUAAAUCCAUAGGCCUAACUGGAAAUUAAUCUACUGUUAUUUUCCUGAGCCUUUGAAAAUUUAAUGAAAGUCAUGGAAGUUUAAUUUCUUGGAUCAUUCUUAGUAGUUGUCUCAUUGGUGAAGCGGGCUUUCGUCUGAAUAAAAUACUUUGAAAAUCACAAA